CAAAGGUACCAAAGAAAAAGAAAUGGGAAAGAGAGAAAUUUUAUUGGUUUUGAGUAUGUUUCUAGCGAUUUCAAGCUCAGAGGGCGUGAACGAAUUCGAUUACUACCAAGUCGUGCUUCAAUGGCAACCGGCCACUUGUAGCAGUGCAACUCUAAAAACUGUAUGCGUGCAACCUCCAGAAGAUAGAUAUAGUGUCCAUGGUGUUUGGCCUAGCCUAUCGUCAGGAUAUCUUCCAACGUGUUCUGGUACUCCGCCCUAUGAUGCCAGAAUGAUAUUGACGAUUCAAGCUAGGUUAGACCAAGACUGGCCAAACGUGAUAACCGGACAAAACCCGCAGUUUUGGAGCUACGAGUGGACAAAGCACGGGACUUGUUCGAGCGCGUAUCUGAACCAAUUCCACUACUUCAAUUUUGGACUAUGGGUAUAUACCAAUUACGAUCUGCAAUCUAUUCUGUAUCAAUAUGGUAUCUACCCCAAUGGACAACAAUACACAAAAACAGUUGUCCAAAAUGCAAUUUAUAGUGCAACGGGAAAGUGGCCAGCCCUUCGCUGCAACAACAACUACAGAACUGGUAACAUGCAGUUGCAUGAAAUAAGUUUGUGUUUCAGCAAGAAUGGACAGAUUCUCAUAGACUGCCCAUUCAAUGUCGUUACAUGCAAUGAAUAUUUCGUAUGGAAUUCAUGGAGUUAUUCAGCGAGUGUGGCUAAGGAGUAAAACUAAUCACUGCCUUGAAACUGCUCUUACUACGAGGGUUAAGCUGUUGGAAGUUAUGUUUCUUAAUAAAUAUCUAUCUUUAGUGUGUUUGUAAGAUAUGUUUUCUAAUAAUUGUCUACCUUCAUCGUGUGUUUAUGAGGGAUAGAUGGAACAAGUUGGUGUGUAAUGCCGAAAGA